CUCUCUUACAAACUAUCCAAAACUUCAGUGGCUGGCUUGGUUGGCAAUGGGCACAAUACCCCUGUGGUGAAGCGCAUUCGUUGGCAACAUGUUAACCAACAUUGCACUUAUUUGGCCAGAAUAACGAAAUAAUUUUGGCGAGGACAUUAUCACUGUAGCUCUAGUAGAGUUUUUGCCAUUUAGUCCGUCGCAGAAUGGACACCGAACACCGAGAGGCAAAUGGCGAGGACAUCGCUUUGAAGCCUGGAGAAGAGGAAAUCAAUCAGUCAGACCGAUUUAGGCCAAUCAACAUGAACCACUACGCCACCAAGAAGAGUGCGGCCCAGAGCAUGCUGGACGUGGCGCUGCUGAUGGCCAACUCGUCGCAGCUGAAGACGAUUCUGUACGUGGGGCCCGGCUACCGCUUCUACAUCCCCCUCAUAGUGCUCCUGGGUCUCUCCAUCACACUGCAGUCUGUGGUGGGCCUUCUUCUGAUAUUCAUCGUGAAGUACGACCUUAAUGACAUCCGUAAGCAGCGUAAGCUCAACACCAUGAACAAUGUGGCCACAGUGAUGGUGUUCUUCACCGUGCUCAUCAACGUCUUCAUCACGGCUCUGGGCUUCGAGGGCGGUCGGGACAGUGUGAUGGCCAUUGCUGCUGUGCCGGUUCCCCAAACUCUUCAGUCUAGCAAUCUCACAGGGCCGCUCUAGCACUCUGAUUGCACCUGAGCGUGAAGCACUACUAGAGGGUAGGAUGGCCUUCAGGACAGUCUUUUGUUUUGUACUGCCCGCUCGGCACUGCCACCUUGCACUUUCAGAUUACCACUAAUGAACCAUCGGCUAUCCUUCCUCUUCCCUUUCCCAAAGAGUUUUAGCUGGAAGCAACUUAGGUGCAACUCAAAUUACCACCUUCAAUCCUUUCCAGAUGCUUUGGGCAUCAUGAUGCGAGGCUCAACGUCAUUGAUGAUUGAACUUUUAUUCAAUACCUUGCAAAAGUAAUUUCUCAUAUGAAAUCGGGAAGUUGAUUGAAAUUUUAUUCUUAUAUCUUGCAAAAGUCUUUAUCUCGUAUGAAAUCGGGAUGUUAAAUGAAGUUUUAUUCCUAUAUGUUGCAAAAGUCAUUAUCUCAUUUGCAAUCGGGAUGUUGAAUGGGGAAAGGCCCCCAAAAGUUGCUGUUUAGGUUGACACCGGGGGAACUUGCUUUCUUGACGGAGUCGCCGUGACACCGAGGCAAGAGGACACAAGUAACAGGAAAGGACCCGAGGAAAUAGUUUGACUUGCACCCCAAGACUUCUUUUUUGAGCUUGAAGAUAUCUCACUCCUCAUUCCAUGGAACAUCCUCAAUUCUAGUUGAAUGAGAGAAUGGUAGGGAUUCACAUAUGCUCUUCUUUAGUCAUUCACUUUUCAUGUAAAGGUUUUUUUUCUUAAUCUGACAUGUUUCAACUGUGUAACUUCCGUCUUCAUCUGAGGGUCAUAUGGAUGGUGAUGCGUGACGUGCGUAUAAAAUUAGCUGAUGUUAUGGAGGUGUUACCUCCCUGCCAGUAUAACCCGUAAUGUACUACAUAAUACAUUGCUCUUUAUAUAUCCCCUCCCCCUCCUUUCAGGACCCCCAGUCCUACCUCAACUAGAGCUGAGGAUGCUCCCUCAAAGUGUAACAUGCUCAAAGAAGAAGUCCAGUUAAUGUUUACAGCUGAACUCUUUGGAUAGCAUGGCCUGGAUGAAUGAGAAUCUUCAGACAUACAGUCUACUUCUUGUUCCUUUCACAUUUAAUAUACAAAAAUACAUUUGUGGGCCAGCGAAUCAUUCACUACCUUUUAGCUAAUUAUGCCUCUGUGAGAGAGGCACAUUUUUGCCCCAUACGGAUGUUACAUAUAUGUCCAUGGAGGUGGUGAUCAUUAUACAUGGACAUACUAAUAAACCAUGGUAUCGAUGGAAAUAGAACUGAAAGAGCUUCCAUUUACGUGGUAGUCUAGCUUGUGGUAGCAUCACAGAUUCAAUGGAUAUAAUCAUUAUUGUAAAAGUGGCUCAUGGAGAGAUGAUGCAAUUAGAGUGCUUUGUUUAUGGAGUAGUAAGACGUUAUUUGGUCAGUCUGAUGGUACACACUGGAAUUUUCUCAGGUGUUAAGUUUAGUUUUUUCUUUGUUAUAAUUGUCCUACUUCACUUGGAUUAGUUACGCUAUUAUGUUACGGUGCUGUACAAGACAGUUACAUAUUAGGUUCAGUGGAAUAGAGGUUGUGUAACUUGUAACAACAUCUAAUAUUACUUUUUGUUUUUGAAAGCAUAUUACAUUUUGUGAGGUUGAACCACAGUAUCUGAUGUAUCUGAUUUUGUAACACCAACACCUUAAAAUAAUAACUUCGAAUUUGUUUUGAUUAGGACCUUGAUUAGGAGUUUUUGACUGCUAUACUAUACUUGGGACUAUGUAUACUUUUUAAGUUCAAUGAAAGCCAUGUAUAAUGUAUCAUCUUGUUUUUGUAUUAAGCUAUGUUCAUUUUGAAUGAAGCCAUGUGUACAGUACCCUAACAUCCAAAAUGAGGUAAUGUUGCUUUACUUCAUGUUACUCUUGAUGGUCCAGGCAGCCCAAACCUCAUGCACACUACGUGAAACAGAACAACAUGGGCUUCGGACUGUGUUUACCUAAUAGCAACCGUUGUGUUCUCACUGCAAACAACAGCUAAAUAUGUACAAUGCACCAUAAAUAUUUUCUA